AAUGAUUUUAUCAACAGAAACUCAUUUCAGUUCCUCUCUUAGUGAAAAGAAAGAAGGAAAGGAAAGAAACAUUUGUGAUGAGUCUUUUCAGGUUCCUGGGUUUUCUUUCUCUCAUUUAUUCAGCUGUUCAGCUAUUUGAUAAUGAAAUCUUUUUAAUAUAUAAUGAAGAUAAUAAGUACUGUGUGCAAGCUCAGAGCUCUAGCUCAGUCAUAACUGCUCCUUGUGAUCAGAAUGCUAUCUCACAAAAAUUUAAGUGGGUCUCUGUGCACCAAAUUAUGAGCCUGGCAUUCACUUUAUGCUUGGCAGUGCCUUCAAAGAAGGAACAAGUACAGGUAUUUUUGUAUCCUUGUAAUAAGACAAGUCAAGUCCAACAGUGGGAAUGCAGAAAUGAGACCCUUCUUGCGAUCCAAGGAGAAGAUUUGUUUUUCAGCUCUGGCAGCAGAACAAAAGAGAACAUCAUGCUGCACAAGGGUUCAGGUGUGAAGAGUAAGUGGAAAAUCCAUGGAACCUCAGAUGGUUUAUGCUCUUGGGGAUAUGAAGACUUGUAUACAUUACUAGGCAAUGCCAAUGGGGCACCUUGCAUAUUCCCUUUCCAGAUGAAUGGCAAAUGGUACUCUGAGUGUACAGAUGCUGGACGGUCAGAUAGCUUACUCUGGUGUGCAACAACUCCUGACUUCGACACAGACCAAUUGUAUGGAUUUUGUCCAUUAAAUAAUAACAGUACAGACAGACUUUGGACAACAGAUGCUUUGACAGGAGUUCACUACCAGAUAAACUUCCAGUCUGCCCUAACUUGGCACCAAGCAAGGACAAGUUGUCAGCAACAGAAUGCAGAGUUGUUAAGUAUCACAGAGAUGUAUGAGGAAAAGUAUCUUACAGAUUUGAUUGACAAUAGGAGAUCUUCUCUUUGGAUUGGACUUAAUAGUCUGAAUUCCAGCAAUGGAUGGCAGUGGGUUGGUGGCAGUCCUUUCAGAUACCUAAACUGGGCUUCAGGAAGCCCUUCUCCUGAUCCUGGGAAAAACUGUGCUGUGUUAAAUCCCAGAAGAGAUGUUAAGUGGGAAAAUAAGGAAUGUAAUAAAAAAUUUGGUUAUAUCUGUAAAAGGGGAAAUUCCACUUUUGAGUCCUCCUUUCUUCCAUCUGAACCUAUUAAUUGCCCAAAUGGAUGGAGGUCAUAUGGAGGUCACUGUUAUAUGAUUCAUAGGGAACCCAAAGUAUGGAAAGAAGCUUUGACUGCCUGUGAAAAAGAAGACAGCAGUCUGGCGAGUAUCCAUAACAGUGAAGAGCAUAAUUUCAUUGUGUACCAGCUUGGGUUUCAGCCUUCUGAUAAACUGUGGAUUGGUUUCAAUGACCUCAGGAUUCAAAUGUAUUUUGAGUGGAGUGAUAGGACUCCUGUGACAUACACCAAGUGGCUGCAGGAGGAAACAACCCAUGCAAACAAUGGGGAAGAAGACUGUGUUGCUAUGAAAGGACAGGAUGGAUACUGGGCACAUGAAACUUGUGACAAAGAAUUAGGCUACAUUUGUAAAAGAAAUCCACUGCAAGGAGCUCCGGGAACAAUACAGAACACCAAUCCUUCCUGCCCAAAAGGUUGGAAAAUGCAUGGAUUUUACUGUUAUUUAAUUGGAUAUAUAACUGUACCAUUUUGGGAGGCAAAGAAAACCUGUGAAAGGAGCAAUAGUCACUUAACAACUAUACAAGAUAGGUAUGAACAGGCCUACCUGACUAGUCUUGUUGGUUUGAGGCCUGAAAAUUAUUUUUGGAUUGGUCUUUCAUAUAUGGAAAAACAAGGGACAUUCAAAUGGACCAGUGGUGAAGCUGUUCUGUUUACUCACUGGAAUUCAGCAAUGCCUGGAAGUAAGCGAGGCUGUGUUGCCAUAAGAACUGGAAUUGCAGCUGGGUUGUGGGAUGUUCAAAACUGUGAAGAAAAGGCAAAAUUUCUCUGCAAACAACUAGCUGAAGCAGCGACUCUUCAUCCUAUUCCAGAAACUAUGACCAAUUUGAUAUGCCCCAUGGGCUGGGAUUCAGACUACAGCAUUAGUUCCUGCUUCAAGCCUUUCAUGCGAGAAAGAAACCAAAAGAAAUCAUGGCUAGAGGCUCAAAAUUAUUGUAGAGAGAUAGGAGGAGAUCUUGCUUCCAUCAACAGUGGAGAUGAACAAUAUAUGAUAGAACAUUUAGUCAUAGACAGAAGUUUAACAGAUCAGCCUUUUUGGAUUGGUUUAUUUUACUUGGAUCCAGAUGAGGGAUUUCUUUGGAGUGAUGGAUCUCUGAUGAGCUAUGGAAAUUGGCAUGCAUCAUAUGAUUACAACAAUCCUGGAAUUGAUCUGUGUGGAACAGUCAGUAAAGAGACUUCCAUGAAGUGGAGUAACAUGCAGUGUGACCAUUUUUAUGAUUGGAUUUGUGAAAUAAGGAAAGGAACACCAUUAAAACCAGAACCAAAAAGCUCUUCUGCCAAAUAUGAAGUCACUGAAGAUGGAUGGAUUAUAAAUGGAGACAAGCAGUAUUUUUUCAGCAAAGAAAGUGUUCCUAUGGCAAAAGCUAGGGUGUUCUGCAAGAAGAGUUUUGGAGAUCUUGCUGUCAUUGAAAGUAAUAGUGAAAGAAAAUUUCUAUGGAAAUAUAUUUUAAGAAAUGGUAAAAGUGAGUCAUACACGAUUGGAUUAAUUCAAAGUGUUGAUCGCCAGUUUGCCUGGCUGGAUGGAAGCCCAGUACACUAUGCAGCUUGGGCAUCAAAUGAGCCCAACUUUGCAAAUGCUGAAGAAAACUGUGUAGCCAUACAUAAAAACUCUGGUUUGUGGAAUGACAUCAACUGUUAUUAUCCAAAUGCCUUUAUCUGUGAAAGGCAUAACACUUCCAUAAACUCAACAUUUGCUCCUACAGAGCCAUCCCCUCCAGGCGGAUGUCUUGAAGAUUGGCUUUUGUUUAAAAAUAAGUGCUACACGUUUUUUGGCUCCAGAUAUGAGGACAGAGUAAAUUGGUUUGUUGCACAGAAAACUUGUAUGAACUUUGGAGGAAACCUGGCUUCCAUACCUAAUGAACAAGUGCAAGCUUUCCUCACUUACAACUUAAAAGAUGCUUCAAGUGACAGCUGGAUUGGUUUGAGUAACAGAAACAAGGGACGCAUCUCUCUUUGGAAGGAUGGAAGUGAUGUCUCUUAUACAAACUGGGAUGCAGAAGAUAGAAUGCAUAGUGCAUUUGGAUUUCAAUAUCCGAAAUCCUGUGUUGUUAUUAAAACCAGUCCUCUUGAAAAGACAGGGAAAUGGAUGAUAGAAGGAUGUUCUCAACGCAGAGGUUUUAUAUGCCAGAAAAAGAGUGACUCAAAAUUAUAUAAACCCUUGACAGCUAUUCCAAAUGAUGGUUUUUCCCAUUUUGGUGAUAGUAGCUAUUCACUCAUCCAGUCCAAAAUGACAUGGGAGGAGGCACGAAAGAACUGCAUGGAUAGAUCAUCAGAACUUGCCAGCAUUUUAGAUCCAUACAGCCAAUCAUUUGUGUGGCUAUUGAUGCUAGAACAUGGGAACCCAGUUUGGAUUGGUCUUAACAGCAAUGUGACAAAUGGCAAUUACAAAUGGAUAGAUACGUGGAGAAUGGAUUAUACUCAAUGGGCGAGUAAGGAGCCAAAACAGACAAUAGCCUGUGUCUAUGUAGAUCUUAACGGAAUGUGGAAGACAGGGUCAUGUACCAAAAAAUAUUUCUCUGUCUGCAAACUUUCUGAUGUUAUGGCCCCGACUGAUCCACCACAGCUCCCUGGAAAAUGCCCUGAAUCAGAAAGAUACAGCUCUUGGAUUCCUUUCCAUGGCCAUUGCUACUACAUAGAGUUUUUAAAAAGUAGAAACUGGAUGGAGGCUUCCUUGGAGUGCAGACAAGUAGGUGCUCGUUUGGUUUCUGUGGAAGACCAUGCUGAAUCCGUCUUUCUGUCAGAUAGCAUAAAGUCACUUAAAAAAGAAAGAAAAAGGUUUUGGAUAGGAAUGAACCAUAAUGUGAAAGGCCAGAGGAUAUGGGAAGGCAAGACUCCAGUGGAUUUUGUCAACUGGAAGAAAAAAGAACUUACAAGUCAUGAGAAAAACUGUAUUGAAGUAUAUGCAUCACUUGGGUACUGGAUUAGUGAUCCAUGUUCUCAGAAACAAGGAUAUAUUUGUAAAAAACCAAAGAUUAUUGAUGCUGGACUAACUGAGAAACAACCAAAGAAUAAAGGAGAAAAAAUGGAUAAAGGUGUUCUUACAUCUUCCACCAGCAUUCAUUGGUUCGUAGUUGUUUUGGUCCUUAUUCUAGUAGGAACGGGAUGUGCAAUAUGUUGCUACUUCAAGAAAAAAAGGCAAAAACAAGAAGCUAUUGCAACUGAAAUGAGUAACAUACAAGGACAUGUGGAUUACCAUGAGUGAGGUGAACACAGUCAUUCACAGUGAAAAAAUGACUGGCUAAUAUAUGGCAAAUGUUAAUAAAAUUAAAGCAACUGGAAGAAAUUAAAUCAUAGACCAGCAUUACUUUCUGUUACCAACUUAGUAAUAUUUUUAUUGUAUGUAUGUAUGUUUGCAAGGUAUACACAAUAUAAUGGAUACUGAUUAUUCAUUUUAUAGUUGUGCAACACUUCUAAAAGUCAGUUAAAUGAAAAUAUAUAGUGUACGCUAUUUAUGAAGUAGGCAAACACAUAAUAUUUAAAUAUCUAAAACACAACAUUCACUUACAUUCCAGAUUUUACAGAGGUCUGAGCUGCUAUCACUCAGGAAGGGCAUCUAGUUAUGCAAAUUGUGAGAAUUUGCCCUGAAAAGUAUCCAUCCAGCUCCACUCCAGAGAUCUUAACACAGUUUUAGCAGCCAGGGCUGCAUGUAAUCUCUGCAUUUAAAAGAUUAUGGGGGAAAUGUUUGCCCCAGUGAACUCAGUGGGAAAACUGCCAUGGAUUCCAGUUACUUAAGAUUUUAUCCUGCAUAUCUGUUUCAGUCAGAAUAACCUUGGGAGAGCUAUAGCCAUAUGUUGAUAAAAUUCAAUAGAAAAGCAUUUAUAGAUUGUUCAGUAUAUCAGUUCAGAACUACAGUGUGUCUGUAAUAUGUAAAGACAGAACAUUAAAAAAAAUUCCAGCUUCACAAUUUUAGAUUUACAGAAAUCUGAUGAUAAAAACAUAUAGAACUUCUGUCCCAUGUCAGUUACAAAAUUUACAUUUCACCAAUAUAUUGGUAAGAAGAAGUUUCUUUUCUUUUGUGCCAUCAACUUCAGUUCCAUUAACUAAAUAACACUGGAAAUUUUUCUACAGUCUUCUAUUUUUUAUAAUAUUCUGCAAAUACAAAUAUUUUCCUAUAAAAUUCAAAUCAGCAGUAAAAAUAAUUUAAGAAAGUGAUAUGUUCUUUACACAAUCCUAUUUAAGUAACAAUUCAUUAAAUGGACUUUUUUGUGAUCCAGCUAAGCAUUUAUUUGUGGCUAUGACCUGGCUUUGGCUUCUCACUUUCUAAAUUAGAGAA